AUGUUCGCCAGGUGUCUUUCUCGUCUUACAGCAACUCCGAGUUGUAGCACUUCAUCACGUGGAGCAGCAGCACUACCAUCUAUAAAUUUAUACAGCUUUAGGAGAAGGAUAGCUGAAAAGUUAUCGAAUAAGUACAAUGAAAAGCGAGUUCACGAAAUAGGCCCAGAUCUAGCGUGCUUAGAAUGGCUCAUGGAGUGUGGAGCAACCAGUGUUCGAAUGUCAGAUGGUCAAAUUAUCACUCGACAGCGUGAAAUGCGUGAUUAUAUUCCUCAUGCUUUAUCAGAAAAUAUCCCAUCGUCGGAUCGUCCUGCACUUCAAGUAGGAGAUAUCGGUUAUGAAAAACAAUGGCCAAAUGCUCCGCAUACGUGGAUUGUUGAAGUGGAUGCCAGUGAUUCUGCGAUUGCGAACGAGGGAUUUACCUACCUUCGCGACGUUCGGAGAAUAGAAAAGUUGAAACUCAAUUUCUGUGAUUAUUUUGGUGACGAAGCGUUGAAGUUUUUGGCACAAGGAAGGCCUGCACAAACGUUGACUGAUUUGGAAAUCGUUCUCAACCCAUGUAUCACAGAUGGAGCUGUCUACUGGCUUCUGAAGCUGAAAUCACUCCGACGUGCUCAUUUCUACUUUCUUCCCUAUGUAGCUCACAGGCAAGGAUUCAUUCGACAAUUGAAAAUGGCUCUUCCACGAUGCAAUGUGACAUUCCCAGAAGUUGACACUAUCGGAUUCGGAUAUGAAGAUGCGAAAAAGACAAAAAGGAAAUGAGCACUGUUAAUAUAUUUAGACUUUUUCUUGUUUUACUAGGUUUUUUUCUAUUUUUUUCAUAAUUUAUAGAACCGAAUUCUUAUAAUAAAUAGAGUUAAAAUCAG